CCCAUUGUCACCGCCUCAUACGCCGGAAGUGGAGCUGCGCGCGCCCGAAAGGAAUCGGGAGGGGCAGGCGAGGGAAGCUAGCGGCUGGCGAACGGGAGAGAGGCUGGGUGCUUGGGCAAGUGAGGAACCUUGAUCCUUGCGGGCCACCAUCCCGGAAGUGGAAAUUAGAGGAAGAAAAUACUGGGUUUGCUGGGGAUAAGUUUCUCAAGAUUCUAGGUGCGGAUUUUUAGAACUUUUUGUGAUAUGUUUUGACCAGGAUAGAAUCAGAGAUUUUUUUCGCCUCCCUUGAAAGAGCCAGCAUCUCUAGUGAGUUCGUGUGUGGCGCAGGGCGAAUCUCGGGACUUCAAUUAAGAAUCCCGCGGAGAAAGCCGGUCUGCGCUGUUCCUUGGUGGCGACUUUGGUAAGGAGCUGAGCUUAUGCUUUAGUGGCUUACUAUGGCCCAGCGAGCAGUGUGGCUUAUACGCCACGAACCAGGAACUCCACUUUGUGGCACCGUGAGAUUCUCCAGACGAUAUCCAACCGUUGAAAAGAGAGCCAAAGUAUUCAAUGGAGCAAGUUAUGUGCCUAUUCCUGAAGAUGGUCCCUUUCUUAAAGCACUCCUUUUUGAACUUAGAUUAUUGGAUGAUGAUAAGGACUUUGUAGAGCGUCGUGAUAGUUGUACACACAUCAAUAAAACAACCAUCUAUAGACUUUCAUUCGGAGGUGAAGAACUCUGGCCAGUGGUUGCUUUUCUGAAGAAUGGCAUGAUAUAUGCUAGUGUUCCACUUGUUGAACAAACUCUCUCCCCUCAUCCACCAUUAAUUAGCAUCAGUGGAAUUUCACAAGGCUUGGAACUUCUUUUUGGUAUACAGGAUUUUCUUUAUUCUAGUCAAAAAAAUGAUACUGAGCUAAAUACAAAAUUGAGCCAGUUGCCUAAUUUGCUUCUUCAGGCUUGUCCAUUUGGUACUUUAUUAGAUGCCAACUUACAGAAUUCAUUGGAUAAUAUUAAUUUUGCUUCUGUGUCACAGCCACAGAAACAGCCAGCUUGGAAAGCUGGAACAUACAAAGGAAAACCACAGGUUUCUAUUUCUAUUACUGAAAAGGUAAAAUCCAUGCAAUAUGAUAAACAGGAUAUAGCAGAUACAUGGCAAGUUGUUGGAGCAGUCAUUUGCAAGUGUGAUUUAGAAGGAAUCAUGCCAAAUGUCACCAUCAGCUUGAACCUCCCCACCAAUGGAUCUCCACUUCAAGAUAUUCUAGUUCAUCCUUGUGUGACUUCUCUUGAUUCUGCCAUUCUGACCUCUAGCAGCAUUGAUGCAGUGAAUGAUUCUGCAUUUAGUGGGCCUUAUAAAUUUCCAUUCACUCCACCUUUAGAGUCAUUCAAUUUAUGCUACUAUACUUCCCAGGUCCCUGUACCACCAAUUUUGGGUUUCUAUCAAAUGAAAGAAGAAGAAAUACAACUAAAAAUAAAAGUUAAUUUAAAACUUCAUGAAAGUGUGAAAAAUAAUUUUGAAUUCUGUGAAGCUCAUAUACCUUUUUACAAUAGAGGUCCAAUUACACAAUUAGAAUACAAAGUUAGUUUUGGCCAGCUUGAAGUAUUUCGAGAGAAAAGCUUACUGAUCUGGAUUAUUGGCCAGAAGUUCCCCAAAUCAAUGGAAAUUAGUCUUUCUGGAACUAUAACCUUUGGAGCCAAGAGCCAUGACAAACAACCAUUUGACCAGAUUUGUAUUGGAGAUACAGCAUAUGUAAAGCUUCAUUUUAGCAUCUUAGAUUACACACUCACCGGAUGUUAUGUGGAUCAACAUUCAGUUCAAGUUUUCGCAUCAGGAAAACCAAAAAUAAGUUCAUACCGGAAACUAGUGUCUUCUGAUUAUUACAUCUGGAAUUCUAAAGCCCCUGCUCCAGUAACCUAUGGAUCAUUAUUACUGUGAUUUUUUUAAUAUUUAAAUGGGAUUUAUACAAUAGUAACACAGCAUAAAUGAAAUCAUAGUUUUUAUAUCUAUUGUGUAUUCAUAUAACCUGUAAGUGAAAAAAUCUGAAGGAUUUUAAUUAUAAAAUAUUCAUACUUGAAAUUUUUUAAUCUGAUAUAGUUUGAAAGAAUGUCAUAAUAUAUUAUGAUAUUUUUGUCAUAUAACAUUAUUAUAAUAUAUUGCAUAUUAUGUUAUAUAUCAUAGCAUUAAUAUAUAAUUAUAUAUUAUAUUAUAGUAUAUCAUUAUUGUUAUAUAAUAUUAUUGUUGUAAAGGCUAAUAUCUCCUGUGUUUGUUACCCUUUCGUUUUCUGUCACUGUGAUUCAGAAUACAAAGAAUUCGUGAUUCACUCUGACUUAUUGAAGACUCAUCCUGGGUCAACAUGCUGUACAUGUUCCUUCCCACCCCUAUAGCAGAUAACUGCUAAUCAAUCACAACCCUCUUCCUACUGUGAGCCUUCCUGGGUAAGAGCUCAGGCUUCUCAGUGCAGAGCUUCAGGCAGCCAUUCCAAUGGUUUGUACCUGACAUGUAAGAUAACUAUUUGUUCUUUCAAACCUAUGUACUAAGCCAGGCAUGGUGGGACUCACCUGUAAUCCCAAAGACUUGAGAGACUGAGGCAAGAGGAUCAUGAGUUUGAGUCCAGUCUUGGCAAUCUAGAGCAACUCUGUCUUAAAAUAAAACAGAAUGGGGAUGUAGCUCAGUAGUAGAGUGUCCCUGGGUUUGAUCCCCAGUACAAAAAAAAAAAAAAAAAAAAAAACUUAUCUCCCAGUACAUUGUGCUGGUAUAGAAUAUCAGCAACCAAAUUAUAAACAACUAUAAAUCUCUUGAAAAAUCAGCCAAUGUAGACAAAGGAGACUUGCUUAAAUAGUAACCUGUUGUUAAUCAGAACUAUCCCAUUGACUAAUAAAGAAUCUGCAUAAUUCUAUUUAUCCCUGUUCUAGAGUUUAUUUUUAAGUAAGCUUGUUAAUCUGCCAUAAUAACAUUUUGCUUAGGAUGUCUAUAAGUAUAUUUUAAAAAAUAAAGAUGGGUGGGAUACCUGCAGAAUAAUGUAAUGUUUUGCAAUUAUAUAAUGUCUUCAGCCAAUUUCUGAAAAUAAAGGUAGAUAUAAUAUUG